AUGAUAUAUCAAGUUUUACUCGUAUGCUUAUUAGUUACUGUGGACACUCGUAGUGUAGAUAAAGUGAAUGAAAAUAAUGUGACGAAACGUGAGGCGAGUGGUGAAUUCUUUCCGGACUGGGUGCCUUUUAAAAACAAAAAUGGAGAUGAACUAGGAGAGUUCGUGCAAGUUGAAACUAAGAAGAAACCAAAGAAAAGGUUAGCUCAUCCAAUUAAUUUUAAGCUGAAAGCAGCCGCUCCUGAUGAUUAUGAUGAUUUUGGGGCCGGGAGCGUUGAUGGUGAAGGAGAUGAUUUUGAAAAAAAAGAAUGGUCAGACCUCUCUCGAACAGGAGCCAACAUAAAUCGGGUAGAUGUCAAUCAUACUGAUUUAUCUGAUAUAGAUGGUCUUGUUAACAUUAUAACACAACCUAAGCCCGAUUUAUUAAAUCUUAUAAAGGAGAAUACUAAGCCUGUAACGGUUACAAGCAAACCGGAGCAAACGACAAAAUAUGAAGAAGAUGACUAUUUGGAUCAUGCAGUAGAAAGUAUAACACAAAAGACAGAAAAUUAUGAAAAGGAAACCAAAGAUAAAGGACAUAAAAAAGAAGCAACAACUAAAAGUCCAGAUGACGAAGAUUAUGAAGAUGAAAAGAAACAAAAAGAAAAACAAGCGCAAGUGGAACUAGAACGUAAAGAGAGUGAAGCACGAAAGGCUCUUAUUCUAAGCGCCGUUGAUGAGCUAAAAGCUCGACAUGAAGCCGAACAGAGGAUAUUAUCUGAAAAUGCCAAAGAAGAAGAGAUUUUUAAAGAACAACACGAAAAUGAUAAAAUUGCCUCCGAUUUAGACCGUGACAAAUACGACGGUAGAAAUUUCAAAUUGAAAAACUAUGACGACUACGAGGACGCUGUUGGAAGUUCUACAUAUGAUAAAUACAAAAUUAAUUUAGAAACGACAACUGAAAAAAUUACAACAACAUCACAACGCCCAACUCGUAGACCUAAGAAAACCAAAAAGAACAAAAAGAAAACUAAAAGUGAGAAAUUAACUAUUCUGCAAAAUCCCAAGAGAAUAUCUGUAUUCAAUCAUCCUGAAGCUUACAUGUUGCAAGACGAAGAUUCCGCAACGCGUAGAACGAAAACCAACCCUAAAAGAACAACCGUAAAUCCCAAAAUACGGGAAACUGGAAAAUUCUCGUCCAAAUAUGCAAUAUCGUCACCUAUUACGAUAAAACGUGACGAAUCUGUACGAAUAUCGUUAGUGCCAGAAUCUAAUGACACUGAAGGCUCACCUACUUUGUUCUUUCCCCAAACAAAAAGUAAACGGAAGAAGAAGAGAGGCAGAAACAGCACUCCAAGCCCUGAUUCAACUGUAGCUGAAACUGUUGAGUCUAAAACGGCAAAAAAUUGGAAUCCGUUUGAAUUAGAAUUGCCAGUAUCUAACGUCACUGUUAAUAAUACAGUACAGACUCGUAAGGCAACUGACACGACUGGAUCUGAUACAAUAAUUAUUGAUAGCACCAGUGUAACACCGUCGGGAACAGAUGCCCUCUCAACGAAUUCUGACACGAUCACAGAUGUGGUAGCAGCGUCCACUAACAAGAAACAUGAGAAAGACAGUGGGAAUUUCGCGCACAAAAAAGGUGGCGGGAGGGAGUACAGUUCGUCGCAUGAAGAAGUGCAUGGAGAGCAUGGAAAAAAGGCAUAUGAGGGGAAGCACGAAGAGACCAAGCAAGCCAAAGGUCACCACGACAAAGAAGACCACUCAGGGGAGUACAUCGACAAGGCAGGAACUGACAAGCAGCAUCAUGACGAGUCCAAACACUACGGAGCCCACCAUCACGAGGAGCAUGGCAAGAAACACGCUAAGUACGAGGAAUCCGGCAAACAUUCAAAAGGGCACAGCACAAAAGGCAGUCACGACAUCCACAAGAAAGAAGAAUACGAGAAAAGAGUUGAAUUCUUCGAAGAAGAUGGAGAUUCAUCUGAAGAAGAAAAACACGGUGGCUACAACCACGAGCGGGGUCAUGCAUCGGGCGGCAACUUCAAGAAAGGCAAAUUGGAAGCUGGUCACCAUGGUCACGACAAGGGCGACACCGGUCACCACGCACGCGGCGGUCAUGCCCACGGUCACAAGGGUCACAAACUGGCCGAAGGUCACGACAGUCACGGACGCCACCACCAGGCCCACUACCAGAAAGCUGGAAAGCAAUCAGGGAAAAAGUGGGGUUACGUUCAUACCGCCCCAGGAAAGGUCGCGAAUCUUAUUGCAAUUGAUCGCAGAGCUGACCAAUACUACGCUGGCCCGCAAUAUUACGGAUGAUUUGACUGAACAUUGAUUGACUGAUUGACUGAUUGGUAUCUUGGCCUUCUCUGUGUGUGAGUUUACAAGUAAUUUUAUGUCAAGAAUUUGUUUGAACUUGGGUUGACUACUUUAGAAUUCACCUUGCUUACCAUCAGGAGAAUUGAAGUCGAAUGUUGUGUGAGUUUCAGAUAAAAUCCAUGUUCAGAAUUUUUUUCUUUCAGAAAAAAGAAUGUUUGAUGACAUUUUGGAAAAAUAAAAAAAAACUAUAUAUUCAUUUAAAAAUAGAUUUACAAAUGUUCAGAAUUUUUGAUGACAUUUUGCAAAAUUGCUAAUGCUGAUA